AUGACUGUGGAUAUGGUUGGGUCCGACAGCGAUCUAGAGACAGUCCGCGGAUCCGACGGUAGCGCGGAGGCAGCUCAUCGCGAGGCGAUGAUGGAUACGGAGAACAUGAGUAGGAAUGAGCGAGUGCUCGUCUCGGAGGCGAUGGUCGCAUCUCGUGGAGAUGACGAUGGCCAUGACCCGAUUACCGAGUCGAUGGUAGUGGAAGGGCAGGAUUGGCCAAACGUCGAGCCAACCUGGUCCACCUUUAAGUCGGUAUCGAGGCUUCUGUGGAAGCGUAAGGCAUUCGGUGUCACAUUCAUUAUCCCCAGGGAGGACCAGAGGCCUUGGUCUCCUCCGAAGGGAUACCAGUGCGUGUACGAGUCGUAUUUCAAAGGUGAUACGAAGCUGUGGUUCCCGAUUCCUCGGCUCGUUACCGCCUAUACGAUGCGCCGAGGAGCCGCACUUAGUCAGUUCCUGAACGGAGCUUGGCGACUAGCGGUCGCGCUGGUGGUUAUCGGGGCGGAGGCCGGCGUUGCUCUCAACGUUCGAGCAUUCGAGGAGUUGGUCUCGGUGAAGAUACAGCAAGGCCUGAUCUCGUUGAAAAUACGUCCUAAUUACAACGUGGUGACGGGCUACCCCACCAAGACGAACAACUGGCAGCGAUCGUAUUUUUACGUCAAGUCCGAUCGGGCGGCAUUCGAGGAGCCGUUGAAGACUGGCUACCGUGUUCUAUGGAACAAUGAGAUUGUUCCUCAUUCGAAUUCCGAGCAAUACGAGGAAGAGUUUUUGGAGAGUGCUCGGGUGGUUGCGUCUCGGAAACAAGAUCAUUGGGACAACUUUUCCUUCAGUAGGAUCCGUGAGUCGGCUGGUCGGAUUAGACAACAGGUUUGGCGUUCGAACACGAUUCCUAUCAUCACUAAGAGGUCGAAGAGGAUUAACUUGUUCAACAAGGACGAACAAAGGGAGAUAAACCGAGCAAGAGCCAUGAGGGAGUUGCCGGAUUUGAGCUUGAUCGUCGAGAAUCAGCUAGGGUUCAUGGAGCCGGAUCAAGCUGCAAACACGGAUUCUCCCGAUCUGGGGGACCCAAACGUGACCGAGUUAGAUGUCGAGACUCGGCUCGCGGGGAAGAAGAGCAGCAAGAAGAAGAGACAGGAGCUCGCAGCUUCCGAGGAGAGGCAGCCUGAGGAGACUUCUGCAGGCGGAGAUACCGAGCCGGAGAAGAAACGGGCGCGAAAGGAUCCCGUCGAGGCUCGAGCUUCCUCUGUGGAGGAAGGAGAACUCCGAGCCUUGGAGCCGAGUGGCGGUUCCCACGAUGGUGGUGUCCCGGAUCUUUCUCUUGGUGGCGAUCGAGCAGAAGGAGCCCAAGAGGCUUCUUCGAAGGCAAAGAAAAAGAAGAAGUCGAAGAAGAGCAAGAAGAAGGACGCCGGCGGGUCCUCGGAGCAGGAGGUGGCGACAGAUGCUGAGCAAGGAACUUCAGAAGUUCCGACUGCUGUUACUUCUGCUGAAGAGACAGCAGCGCGCGAAGAUGCGGGGGAACCGAACAAGCCUCCCCUGAGAGCUCCGCAGGAGAAAAAGGAUGCGCCGAAGAAAGUCCAGGGAUUCUGCCCGGAUAAAGUUGAUUUCAUCUACAAGCGCGAUACCCCCUUGUUUGCAGCAACAAGGAAUGCGCUCGCUUCGUCCGACAGGUUCGAGGGAAGCCAAGGAGACUGGAACGUAGUCGUCGGUAAGUACGACAAGGCGCUGAAGGAAGCCUACGCCACGAUCGAUAGCCAGAGGCGCAACGGCAAGGAAGCGACCCGUGCCUUGGAAGACAUGCUGCGCAAAAAGGAUGAGGCGGUUAUUCGGGAGGAGGCCAUCAGGGACGAACUCUUCCAGAAAGAGGCUGCCAUGAACAAAGAGCUGAAGAGAGCUCGGGAACUGGUCAAGAAACUGGAGGGGGAGAAGGCCAAACUAGCAGGCGACAAGGAGACCCUUGAGAAGAAGAUGGCUGCUGCCGACUCGGCGCACUCCAAGGAGAUGGACCGUCUAAGGGAUUCGCGUCGUUACGAGGUUACUCAUGAGCGAAUCCGGGUAAUGGCGGCGAUGCAUGGGAAGUGCGCCGUUCGUUUCAAGAGGAUCCAGGAUCGGGAGACUCGUCGCGAUAAAUUUGAAGACGCGCGGUGCAUGCUCGGUCAGGCUCGAGGGAUGAGGCGUUGUCUCGAAGGGAUGAAGGCAACAGGUAAGAACAUCCCUCAGGAGGACAUCGAUACCUACGCCGGGCUAGAGAAGCAUUACGACGCUGAGAUGAAGCGUUUGGACGUAGGCGAGCUUCCAGAGAAGGACCUCUCUCUGUCUCCUCUUGUGCUCGAGUCGCGGUUCGUCAUCCAAAAGAUUUUGGAUAGAGUCGACAAGUACGGAUCGAACAGGGAUUUGCUCGAUUCUGAAGCCGCCAAGGCUCUUCGCACUCCUCUCAGGGAGCAAGGGGAUCGAUCCGAGGGACCAUCAAAGAGUCUUCUUGAAACCAUCCAGUCUCACACUUUCCAGCGUUUUCCAAUAUCUUAA